AUGGCGGACCAGUCCGUAUUCCGAAUCACGAAGGAGUUGAGCGAGCUCCAGAAGAAUUCGGACCUUUCACUCGCCGUUGCCUGUCGCGAUAUCGAUGUUCGAAAUGUCAAGGCGCUUAUCAUCGGACCGCACGAGACGCCCUAUGAAUUCGGAAUAUCCGAGGAAGUCGCCGCAGGUCACCGCGAUCACGACGAACGGGGGUCGGUGCAGGUUCAAUCCCAACAUCUAUGCCAAUGGCAGAGUAUGCCUAGCCUGAUGUCUUCGAACCCCUACGAGAACGAGCCCGGCUUUGAAGAUGCCAACGAGACCUCCGACAAGAAGAACCAGAAGGACUACGUGCAGAAGAUCCGUCACGAGACACUCAGAGUCUCCGUCAUUCAGCGCCUGGAGGAAUAUCUCAAGAUCGGGCUUGACGGUGCCGUUACGGCCCCCGCGGCCACGAAGGAUGACUAUGACCUGGACAUGGACACCAUCGAAGACGAAUCCAGCACUCCAUUCGAGCCGUUCAAGGAUCUAUGCAAGCGCAGAUUCCUGUGGUACUACGAUUCCUACCUCGCUACCAUCAAAAAGGGAAUGUCGGAAGUGAAGGAUGGCACGAUGUUUGUGCGGAUGCCCUUCGAGGGCUCCAACAAUACAAUGGAGGGGAAAUUCAACUACGGUGAACUCGAGCGUCGGCUGCAAGGCAUCAAGAAGGCCUUGGACGCGGAAACCGAAGCUUGGGCAGUGGAGGGGCUUGCGGCGAAGUCUAAGGAUACAACCGUCGCGGUCAACCUUCAGAGACAGUUCGAGCAGAUUGUCGAGUUCUUCAAGCGUUCCGGCACCGCGCACAACCUUGAGUUGGUUGAUGGCAACCCCUUCGACUGGGUUCUGACGUACUUCGGAAAGCCCAUGACGAAUCUCGACGGCGGCUUGUUCAGGGCGAGGCUGUUUUUCAGUCCUCGGUUCCCAGAGGAGCAGCCACGGAUCAAGUUCGAAACACGUCUAUUCCACCACAGGAUUGCUGCGGACGGCACACCUUGCUAUGUGGUGCCGUCCAGCCGGCGGGAGGACGUCAAGACGCAUAUCGAGGCCAUCAUCGAGGCCUUGGAAGAGGACCACCCUCCGUACGACCCUAGGACGCUCGUCCACCCCGAGGCGUUCAAGCUGUAUUGGGGUUCGCCCGAGGAUCGACGUGUGUACAACCGGCGCCUGCGGCGGUCGGUCCAGCAGUCCAUGGAGUAUGUCUAUUCAACCCGGAAGGCCACGGCAGUGUCACUAACCAAUCGGUAG